AUGACCUCGUCUCGUCCCCGCGAUGUUGGUCACAGUUUCGCGAGCCGGCGUGGCCACGCCAACCAGCUCUCGAUUUCCGAUUCGAGCCAUCACAUCACUGAGACAAUAGGCACUUUGUAUGGCGACGACGAUGACUACUCAGCUAGCGACUCGCGGCCCAUGAGCUUCAUUGCUGCUCCUUAUGGAGGCGAGCAAAUAUCGCGACAUCGGCAGGAAUCGCUAGCCGCGCCGGAAGAGCAUCGGCUUCGACUGGUGCGCUCUCACUCGGAUAACACUGACGAGCAGUCGUUUGAAGGCACAAAUGGAUCUGCUAUCAAAAAGUCCAACACGAUCUCAACUCGAAGGCCAAGUGAGACUUCUCUCAAUAGUCCAGGCUCCCCCCGAUCCCCCAUGUCUCCGACCCUGCGCGAAAUGACCGGCGGAGAGAGCUCGCAGUUUCCAAUAGGCAAUAUUGAGAACGCAAGCGAUAUAGCGCAGGAACUCAGCAACCUCCAGGCUUUGAGACGCAUGUCUAUGGAUGUGUCCAAUAAUCAUGAUCCGGAUCUGCUGCCGUUUCAGGGCAUGUCGCUCAUGGCCAUGCCAUCCAUCGCUCCUCAAGGCGACGAUGACGAAAACGAUCCUUCCCGCCUACUAUGGGUGCCUGCUGGUGUUCACCCUGAGUUGGCGCCCACGGAAUUCAAGAACUUUCUUGAAAAACGAGUGCAGACAAUAAAGAGAAGAUCCAGUGAAUCGACAUCAUCUCUCUCCGUCGAUGGAUUGGACAGGAGCGACAGCGGUCUCAGGAGGAAAAAGUCGAUGCUGUCCAGGCAAAUUGAUAAUGCCGGAGGUCGCGGAGCCGAUGGCUACAUGGAUGGCGCUGACCGUUUGGGAAGGAGAAGCUCUACGUCUGAAGGUAUCACAGCAGCACCUGAAGGUUUAAGUUUGGAUGAGCUGGUGAAGGAUCCCACAAAGGCUGUCCAGAAGCUGGCCCUCGAAUCGCAAUCUGGUGCUGACGGACCAGAGGAUAUGCCCAUUCUCCCUGUUGCGCCCGGAAUGGGCCUGCGUCGCUCAACUCGAACAACGUACCGGAAGGGGGGAAGUUUCAAAGAUCGCUCCAGCAAAGGUGAUCGAUUGCCUUUCUCGAAACGUAUCGCCGCUCGAAAGGCUGAGGAAGGUGGUGAAGAGGCGGACGCCACGGAUUCAACGAUCGACGCUCCACCAGGCUACGGAUUUUCGCGUGUUCAGUCUGCGCCUAUCGGUGCGACAGCCGACAAUUUCUCACGCCCUUCGCGUUCAGUUCGUAGACAACAGACGUUUACGCGAGAGACCGGCGAAGCCGAGGCUACGUCUGAGCAGCCGGCUGAUUCUCGCGAUACAUCUUUCCAGAGCCAUUCCCGUAACAACAGCGCAUCGGUGCCCACUAUCGUCGAAACACCUGCCGCUGAGCCUUCUGAACAUAAUACACAACAACAGGCACACGUCUUUCCUGAGCGAUCGUCGUCUCAAAGCAAUUAUACACAAAGUUCUGGAUCAUAUGAUCACGUACCGGAUGAGCCACCAGCUAGGUCUUCCCGCCGACCGAACUAUAGUCAACAAGGUCAGCCUCGGCAACAACAGCCACCUCCUGCUCAACCACCGCAGAAUGCGCGGCACCACAAGACGGAACAAUCGCUCAAUGAACCGUCUGGAUUGCCUGGCGGCAACAACUCGAGAACUGAUAGUCUGACUUUUAUUCCGACUUUUGCUGCUGCUCCCGAGGAGAAGAGGAGCGAUAAAAAGAGCAAGAAGGACCGGAGCGAUUCCGACAGCACGAGCAGUAAGGGCACGAGUUGGAAAUGGUUCAAGAGUGAGGACAAGGACAAGAAGAAGAAGGACGAAAAGAAGGACAAGGAUGAGGAAAGCAAAAGGUCCAAGGCCAAGGCUUUUGUCGAAAAGGCCCACGACAACGUCCGCCUCGACGUGCUGCAGAACUCCAUCGACAAUGUCAAACAAAAAGGACGGGAAAGUCUUCUUCUGGAUCGCGAAAAUGUGGAUGAGAAGCUCGAGGAAGAACGGCGGAAAGAAAGCCACCGAAAGAGCGAGCACCGGAAGGAGAAGGACGGCCUCUUCUCUAACCUCUUUGGUGGUAAAAAGAAGGGAGACAGGGACUCGGGAGGAAAGAAGUCGCACAGUCAGCGGCCCGUGUCUCCUGAGCCUGCUCCAUACCGACCACUUGUGCCGGAUAAGGACUACCAUUGGACCCGAUUCCCAAUACUGGAGGAGCGUGCUAUAUACAGAAUGGCACAUAUCAAGCUUGCCAAUCCUCGGCGCGCUCUUCAAAGCCAGGUUCUUCUCAGCAAUUUCAUGUACGCCUACUUGGCAAAGGUUCAGGCAAUGCAUCCGCAAAUACAAGUACCACAAUCCCCUCAGCAAAAGAGAUUGCAAGAGGAGGAGAGGAGACGCAGGGAGCUGGAGCAACAACAGCAGCAGUACCUGGAGCAACAACAGUACAUGGAGCAGCAGCAACAGGCCCAAGAGGCUAUGGAUCAAUACAGUUUUGAGUACCAUCGGACAUCGAAUUCAUACGGCGAUACACCUACCCAACAGUCGGGAGAUUACACAGAUGAUGCAGAAGUGUACGACUAUGAACAUGGUCAAGAUCAAUACGAUGGCGAUCACAGUAGUGGCUACCAGCAGAAUGACAGGCGGCAUAACGGACAAGACGAUAUGUGGUAA